CGAGCUGCAUCCCAACCCACCAAUCAGAGGCCUCCCUCGGCGAGACGUUGCAUCCGGAUCAAAUGAAACACACAGAGCAUCCUCCUCCGCUGCUUCCUUCGAGCAUCCUUUUUUUGUUGUUGUUGUUCUGAGACACAAUGGGCCGCAGAAAGUCAAAGCGAAAACCGCCUCCCAAGAAGAAGAUGACGGGCAACCUGGACACCCAGUUCACCUGUCCCUUCUGUAACCACGAGAAAUCGUGCGAUGUCAAAAUGGAACGAAACCGCAACACAGGAAUUAUAUCGUGCAGCGUUUGCUUAGAAGAGUUCCAGACGCCGAUCACCUAUUUGUCCGAGCCAGUGGACGUGUACAGCGACUGGAUCGAUGCCUGUGAAGCAGCCAACCAGUAGUCACGUUUUUCCAAACUCACCUUCUCUCUCUCUCUCCUCACUUUCUGCUUGUUCCUCAAAUCAAACCUUUUUCGUUUUUCUCUCAGUUGUGCGUCGUCUGGCCGGGCCAGAGUGUCGCACAGCUGCGCUGACGUUAGCACGUCUCCCGCACUGUCCUCAAUGUAAAUGUUUUCACGUCUUAUGUUGGUGAGAAGUCUACUUUCGUUUUAGUUAGAUCCUUAUAAUUUCCCUUUUUUAUUCAGACUGUCUUUUUAUUUAAUCUGACUGUUCCAAUUUAGCCACUUUUCAUUGUUUGUGGUUAAUGUUUAAAAAAAGUCAAGUAAUUAUGUUGUAUUUCAUGUUGUAUUUAGUCUUUUUGUUUUUUUAAAUCUUCAAUCAUGUUACAAAAGCACUGAAAUCCUUUUUUUUUUGAUACACUGCCAAAUCUAUUUUUUUUUUUACUUUUUAAUUAAUUUAUAUAAUUAGUAGAGAAGGCAAAGUCCUGUCAGCUUUGGUGGAAAAAGUAGGACUUUAUUUUGAAGGGGAAAAAAAAUGUACGGUAAGAAAGUGAACGCAAGUUGCUUGAAAUACACGUGGGAUUCGAUUUAAUCUUCAGCAAGUUAGUAAAGUUGCAAUUUGUCAAAGAAAUUGUAAAGUAGCGUUUGGUUUUAUUUUAGAUUGCGAAGUAGCGUGAUGUAUAAAAGAAAUGAGUGAAAAUUGUUUAUUUCAAUCUUCAGCAGCUAUUUUGGAAAAACAAAUCUACAAAGACAUAUCAUUCGCAAGUUUUUGGGUCAGUUUAAUUACAAUUUUAUGACAAACUGCGACUUAACUAGUUCAAUUAUUUUAUAGCACAAUUCAGACGGAAUCAGAAAAUUGUCCCUCACUGACUGCCGUACGUAUUUUUCCCCAAAUUUAAGGUCCCAUGAUGUCCACGUGGAGACACGCCUCUCUAGAUAUAUAUAUAUAUAUAUAAAAUGUAACUGUUUUCCUCAACCAUGUAAUUUCACAUUUGUGUAUUUUGAGAAAAGAAAACCACGACCAUA